AUGUGCUUCGGAAAGCCCGACCACAGCCAGAGCGCCGCUCCCGCCAACCCGAUGUCGCAGAGGCCCUCCGUCGAGCUGCCGCACCAGCACCACCCUGCCCAAGACCCGCCGCAGAACAACCCGCUCUGCUACCACACAGGCCAGAUGAUAAACUUCAUCCUCAGCGCCGGGGAGCCACUAUUCGCUCCCCACCUCCCAGCCGUCCCCGGCGCCCGCGACCGCCUCUGGGACUUCAUUCACCGCAUUAUCGACGUCAUCGACCCGGAGAUUCAGAGCAUCUUCCUCGGGAUGGCGUACUACAAAGCGAUGAUGGAGAGCAAUCGCAUGUAUUACCACGAAUUCGGGCGGCCAGAUUCAUUGCUCGCCACCGCCAUCAUGCUGGCGGAGAAGGUCGUACGGGACGGCCCUCCCUGCAGUCCAGAGUGGGAAUAUGCUACAGGUUUCCGACACCAUGCGCUGGAUGAGCUGGAGAGGGCGUGGUUGAGGGAGAUCGGCCACGAAGCGAUGGGCAGACGUUGGGCGGAGGGGAUGAAGGCGUGGCGUGAUUGCUGGGAAGCCUAUUUGGAGAUGCAGUCAUACUGA